UGGAACUAAGUUUUCGUGGUUGAUUACACGAAGUUGUAAUUGGCUCUGCAGCAUGGACCUGAUGAGCUGCAUGUAAACAAAAAUGCACGCGUAGGAUAGAAUGGCACCUCCUGAAAUAGACAACCUUUUGAAGUUAGAUCCAUAUUUAAAUGAUUUUAAAGAUGAAAUAACAAGAAGGUAUGAUUGUUUACAGAAGUUAAUCAAUCAUGUGAACGAACAUGAAGGAGGAUUAGACAAGUUUUCAAAAGGUUAUGAAGAAUUUGGAAUAAUUCCCAAAGGUGGUGGUCUUCUUUGUCGGGAGUGGGCUCCUGCAGCUGAAGAAGUCUUUAUUUAUGGAGAUUUUAAUGGUUGGAACAGAACUUCUCACAAACUAGAAAAGAAAGAUUUUGGUAGAUGGGAAUUAUUUUUCCCACAAAACGAGGAUGGCAGCCAACAAAUCCUACAUUUGUCAAAAUAUAAGCUUAUUAUUAUUACUAAAACUAAACAAGUGCUAGAAAGAAUUUCACCAUGGUCACAUUAUGUAGUACAGAACGACAGUACAAAACUGAUGGAACCUGUUCUGUGGAAUCCACCAUCUCCUUAUAAAUUUAAAUUUUCCCGUCCAAAAAAGCCGACAAGUUUGCGAAUUUAUGAAUCACACAUUGGUAUUGCAUCUGAAGAAUAUAAAACUGCUGACUAUAAAAAUUUUCAAAUGAAUGUAUUGCCACAUGUAAAAGAUUUAGGUUACAAUGCUAUUCAGUUGAUGGCAGUGAUGGAACAUGCAUAUUAUGCUUCGUUCGGGUACCAAGUUACAAGCUUUUUUGCACCUUCAAGUCGCUAUGGCACCCCUGCAGAGUUAAAAGAACUAAUUGAUACUGCCCAUGAAAUGGACAUUGUGGUGUUGUUGGAUAUUGUGCACAGUCAUGCAUGCAACAAUGUUCUCGAUGGAUUAAAUUUAUUUGAUGGUACUGAUUCGUGUUUCUUUCACAGUGGACCUCGUGGUCGACACGAACUUUGGGAUAGUCGUUUGUUUGAUUACACUAAUUGGGAGGUCCUACGUUUCCUACUCUCGAAUCUACGAUGGUACAUGGAGGAGUUUCAGUUUGACGGCUUUCGUUUUGACGGUGUAACAUCAAUGUUAUAUCAUCACCAUGGCCUGAGUGUUGGCUUUAGUGGUGGCUAUCAUGAAUACUUCGGAUUAUCUGUUGACACGGAGUCAUUCAAUUAUUUACAACUUGCUAAUCAAAUGUUGCAUGAUAUCUAUCCAGAUGUUAUCACUGUUGCAGAGGAUGUAAGUGGUAUGCCUGGUUUAUGUCGACCAGUAAAAGAAGGUGGCGGUGGCUUUGAUUACAGGUUAGGAAUGGCUAUUCCUGAUAAAUGGAUUAAGGUCCUGAAAGAGCAGAAGGACGAGGACUGGAAUAUUGGAAAUUUAGUUCACACGCUAGAAAAUCGAAGGUGGAGUGAGAAAACAAUAGCGUAUGCCGAGUCACAUGACCAGGCAUUGGUAGGGGAUAAAACGUUAGCAUUUUGGUUGAUGGAUAAAGAAAUGUACACCCACAUGUCAACUGUACAACCGCUGACUCAUGUCAUUGAUCGUGGUAUGGCGCUGCAUAAAAUGAUUAGAUUGUUAACAUUCGGUCUUGGAGGGGAAGGGUACUUAACAUUUUUGGGCAAUGAGUUUGGUCAUCCGGAAUGGUUGGAUUUUCCACGUGCUGGCAACAAUAGUAGUUAUCAUCAUGCAAGAAGACAGUGGAAUCUUAUUAAGGAUGAUUUACUGCGAUACAAGUUUUUAAAUGAAUUUGACAAAGCAAUGAUGCAUCUUGAGAUGAAGUACAGUUGGUUAUCAAGUGAUCCUGGAUUUGUGGGAAGCAAACAUGAAGAAGAUAAAGUGAUCUCCUUCGAAAGAGCUGGACUCUUGUUUAUUUUUAACUUUCACUCUCAUAAAAGUUUCACAGACUAUCGUAUACCCAUCGAUGUUCCUGGAUCGUAUAAAUUGGCGUUAGAUUCUGAUCAUGGAAUGUUUGGUGGCCACUCAAGGUUAGAUCACAACUGCGUGUAUUUCACCGAAAAUUAUGGUUUAAACGGAAGACCCAAUUCUGUCAAGGUGUACAUCCCGUCGAGAGUAGCUAUCGUUCUCAGUAAAACCGAUUAAACGAAACCGUCGUAUCUUAUUAAAAGGAAAACUUCUUUACGUACAUCUGCUGAAUAUUAUUUUUAUAAAUGGCAUCUAAUGAAAUUUAUCUUCGCAAACAGAUUGGUUUAAGAUUUGAUUACCUUGAACGCGGUAAUUUUCACAUCGAUUGAGCCUGAAAAAUAACAUCUCUGCACACCAAAAUUUAACUUUCGAAGCCCUUGACACACUCUUAGGACGCGUUUUACCUAAAAUACCCGAUCAUGAUAAGAGUAAAGUUUUUGAUGUGUAGCUACUUUGUAUCUUACUGAACGAAUCCUAUAAAAAAUCUACUCCACUGCUGUUCAUGUGUGACCACCGUCUAUCGUGCACAAUCCUUUUGUUUUUACUACUUUUACCAGCUGUAAUAUGUUUGUAGUAUUAUAUUCGAAAUCUUUUUUUUUUUUUCGUAGCGUAGCAAUGAAGCCCCAAUUCUCCAUCUAACCUUCCCUUUUUUCGUUCAGUGGUUAUUGAGCUCAAGCUUAUAAUAUUUUAUACAGAAUUAUAAGCAAAUGUAAAAUCUAGUAGUUAGUAUUCUCAAGUAAAGAAGCGAGGCAAAAUAUUUUGUGCAAAUUUAUAUAAAAAAAUUAUGAAAAAAUACAUAUAGAAUAUUUGUAGAA